UUUCUCCACAAAGGUCUACUUGUUUGGGAGCUUAUCUUUUGAAGGCCUUUUUGCUGGAGUUGAUCUAUCAUUCUCACAGACAUCUGUUCAUAUCUUGUUUUGUGUUUCUUCUUGCUCAUCAGUGCCAUUGGUUGUGAUUUAUUUCUUUCAGCUUUGGAGGAGGCAAUGAACUUGGAGAGCAUAAAUAAUCAAACGGGAGAGCCCCAAGCAGAUGACCAUAAUGCUGAUAUUAUGCAAGAAGAAAUGUUUGAUGAGAUCUACAGGAAUGCAACUGAAGAACCUUGUCAGUCCGCACAAACUCAGAAGGUUCUCUCUCAAGCUACUCCUGAUCAAAGCUCUGGGAAAGAGUUAUCUAAUCAACCGGCAGAUGCAGUGAAUGAAAUUCAAGUAACAGAGGAGCAGAGGGCUCGCAUGGAAGCUAACCGAUUAAAGGCAUUAGAGAGAGCUGCAGCACGUGCCCGAUCCCUGGAAGCAGCUUGAGUGUUACUGUAUAUUGUGCUUGCUUCUACUAUCUACUCCUAUAUGUGCUUUAUGGUAAUAAAAGUUAAUGUGCACUCUCUCUUCAAAAUGUAUUUACUUUUUUGCAGUAAAAUCUCCCCAUUGCUGUGGAA